AUGUGCAAGACAGCCUUUCCAGCAACCCUGGUUCUCGCAUACUUCACUAUCCACGGAGUCACAUGUCACCUGUGCGCAGUCAAUCUUUUCAGACGCCGGAUCUUUGUCGUCGUCUUCAAGACUCGACGAGCUUCAAGGAAAGACGGGGUUCUUACUUCAAAUUUGCGAACGGUGAUUGGUACAAACAUAUUUUCAUGGAAACCGAUCGCUAUUAAGGGUGAUUGUAAGGGAUGUGUUGCUGAAGCUGUACCUCGAUUUUUACUUGAAAAAAGUUUAGCCAAUGAACAUGAAAAGAGAAAAUGUGAGCAAAUAUACCGAAAUCGACUUCAAUUCGAAACCAUCAAAUACUUCCUCCCUGAUGGAUUGUUUAUCAUUGGAGAAACGGGGACUCACUUUGAAGAUUGGGGUCGUAUGCUUUGUAUGGCUACAAACUGGGAGCUAGGCUCAGUAUCACUUGCGGAAAACUAUGGCUGGUACCAUCACAGUGCCCAUCCGAAUGGUUGUACUCGAACGAGUCUACUAGCUCUCUCGUUUCUGGUCUUGCUGCAAAGCUUGCCCAAGUUUAUCCCCAAAGUCCCGUGCUUCGACGCGAUAGUUUGGUCAAGCUUUGCAGAGUUGACUGGAAGAUAUUGA